CCGCCGCCGCCGCCUGUAUCCGACUCCGAGCGCGAGUAGCCACCGAUGUCUCGCAAGCAGGCGGCGAAGGCCCGGCCGGGGAAGGCGGAGACGGAACGCAAGCGGGAUGAGCGGGCGGCGCGGAGGGCUCUGGCCCGCGAGAGGCGGAACCGGCCUCAGACGGAAGGCGAGGGAGUGGGGACCGGCGGGGGCCUGACGGGCCAGCUCCAAGCGCUGGGACUGCGCCUCAGGGAGGUGCCGGGAGACGGCAACUGUUUGUUCCGGGCUCUCGGGGACCAGCUCGAAGGACACUCCCGGAACCACCUCAAGCACCGCCAGGAAACAGUGGACUACAUGAUAAAGCAGCGGGAAGAUUUUGAGCCUUUCGUGGAAGAUGACGUUCCCUUUGAGAAGCAUGUUGCCAAUUUGGCACAGCCUGGCACUUUCGCUGGCAACGAUGCUAUUGUAGCCUUUGCGAGGAACAAUCAAGUGAACGUUGUUAUCCACCAGAUGAAUGCCCCUCUGUGGCAGAUUCGAGGAACAGACAAGAGCAACGCCCAAGAGCUGCACAUUGCCUACCGGUACGGAGAGCACUAUGACAGCGUUCGAAAAAUCAACGAUAACUCAGAGACUCCUGCCCGGUUACAGACAGAGAUGCUGUGCAAAAACGAAACCAAUAAAAAAGAAAAUCUCCAACUCAAUAAGGAGGAGGAGGAAUCUGAAGAGGAGAUCCGAGACGAAAUCGAGGAUGCGGUGCAGAAAGUUCGGAAUGCAACCGGCUGCUCGGAUGCUCAUUUAAUUGUCCAGGUCCUUGAGUCAGAGAACUACAGUAUCGAGUCUGCAAUAUUUACCGUUCUUCAAAUGAAUGAGGUGAAGAGGCUGCAUGAGGAGGAAGCACACGAGGCUCUAGCGAACCGGCAGAAGUCGCAUCCCCAGUCGGCCCUCUGGGAGGAGAACGGAAGCGGCGCCCGGAUUUUUGGAACUCAGGGCGUAGAAAACAACAAGGCCCCGACGAGCCUUGCAGAAGGAAACCAAAGCAGUAAAAAGCAGGCUCCCAAGGUGUCCAAUAGGCAAAAGAAGGAUCAGCAGCGGCUGGAAAAGAAACGCCGCCAGGAAGACCGACACCGGCAGAAAGUCCUGGCCGGCAAGAGCAACAAUGCUGACAAUAACAAGAGCAGGGUGGAUCCUGAGACGCAGGUCACCCUGGUGAAGACCGUGGCAGCCCUGAACAUCUGAUUGAAUGGCCUUUCCUGUGGACCUGUGGGGAGGACGGAACUGAAGCCCCUGCGCCUGACGAAGCAAACCACCCACUCAAGAGCAAAUACCUCACUUCCUGUCUGGUUUCUGAGCAGUGGUGGUUGCUGAGUUGUCUGAUCAGGUGAAGCAGAUCUUUGGCCUUGUUCGAAAAUGGCAAUAAGUGACCGGGGGGGGGGGGGUGCAGUUACCACCACUGGAGGGUGAACUGCUGGACCCUGUGAACAGAAUCCUUCCAGUGGGUCCCAUCACUGCAGACUUCACAGAGCUUUUUCACAGAGCUUUUUCCAUAGUCGCUUCCAGGGUCGUUCUUUGUAAAUUAAUUUAAAUGGCUCUCCGUGAGUGUCAGGUUUUCCCAGCUCAGGAAUGUUGCCCUCCCUUUGGGCAAAGCAAAUAGAAAGCUCUUCCCGAAUUGUAUUCCAAAAGAAAACUCUGCCAAAGGUUGUACUGAAAACAAGUCUUUUGGGUUGUCUCUGUUCUGUUCAUUUGCUUGACUGUAACUUUACGAAGAGAAAUUCUAGGCAGAGCUUGUGGAAGUGGUGCCUGUUGGGGUAGCAGGAGGUGGCACAGCUGAUUCUCUACAAACGGGGAAAGUUAUCCUACGUCACCAGUCUAUACCUGAUGGGGUUGUAUAUCUGUGCUGCAGAAAAAGUAGAGGAGGGACAGCUUCUCUUUGUCUUAGACUGGAUUGUUCCCAGUCUUGAUUAAAAGGAGGUAAAGUGAGAGGGCUUUCCGGAUUCUAGCAGUGUUUGGUGUGACUCAGCCUAGCCUGAUUACAUCACACCUUUACAGAUACGUACCGGAGGAGGAGCCAGAUUCCAGGAGCUGCCGGUCCUCGUGAGAUUUUGGGCCUGCCGAGCUUGUGCGAUAACAGUCGUUCCCGAUAAAGUGGUGAGAGCAGCUAAAGAAUAUAGCCCCCGAUGGCUUCUAAAGUACAGCAGCUAGUAAAGUACAGCCACUUAACUGAGGAAGAGUGAUGGUGGGAAGGGGGGGGGAGGAAGAGGUAAGCUUCCUCCUCCCACAGUUAGUAGAACUUGACAGAAAUGAGGCACGGUAGCUUAAAUGCUGACCAAAGUGUGCUUGCAUUUGCAACAUUCAAAUUUUCUUUUUACUUCUGAGCAUUACAGAUAAGCUAAAAGACACUGGGAACUCAAGCCCUUCUUAACUAUUCGUUAAAUCUGUGCCCUGAAAAUAACAAGAGCAAACUUCCUAGUUGUACUAGUUCAUGGUUUUUGUCUCCAGGUCUCCUCAAUGGGACUAUUUUAUUGUUAGAAAUAAAAAUUCUUGCAGUGGUCAGGUCAUGCUAGAGGAAAACCAAGGGCAGGCAGCAACGAAGUGUUUCGUCUUGGGGGGGAGGGCGGGUGCUUUAGAAUUAUUAAGUGGGCCUGCUGUGCUUUUAGUUGAUUUGGAGGGAGAAUUUUGACUCAUGCAGUUUUUCCUAUUGCAAUACUGCAGUGGUGGAAAAUGCUACAUUCUUUGUCUUGCUAUGAUUUGGGAUCGAGAAUUAAUCCUGCAGCUCUCUUAUCCAAAACGUAGGCUACACUCAACUGACAGUUCAAAGUGCCAUUUGGAAUUCAUGGAAGCCCAGGCCAUGGAUCCAACAGAGUACCAUUUUAGUUUCCCACACAUGGAUAGAAACCUCUGGAGGAAGUGAUGUCACCUGCACUUCCUGCCAUCAAAGCUGCUUGAAAGCGAGGCCCCGCUGAAGCUUAGCAAACGAUUCAUUCCUCACUUGUCCGCUCAAACUGCGGCUAUAGUUUGGCCUGAGUUCCCCGAUAGUUCCUGGGAACUGGGCCUGUUGCUCAACCCUUCUUAGUCAUUUCAAAAGAAGCAGUCGUCAAUGAUUGACAUAGAAAGGGGUAAGUGGCAGUGAUCCAGGUUUACAGCAGUUACAGGUUGCACAGAUACAGAAUGCACUAACGGGGUGGGGGUAACAAUGCCAUAUCUUUGUGGUCAUCUCAAUAAACUUGUCCUCACUGAGGCCUGUGAUCAACUGA